AAGCAGUGGCUGGCAGUAGUAGCCAACUCUCAGCCAGCACCAAGUUCUGGUUCAGCACUAAGGGCAAGAGAAUUAAUUGGUGAAGACUCUGUCGGCCUCACAGAACUUCAGCACCCGAGACAGCUCUUGUCUCCUUGGAACACUACUCAGCAAGGGCAGAGAUGGAAACUAGAAGUAAGCCCCAACUCCUCGUGCUCCUGACACUUUUCUACAUACUCUUCUCGCAGACCCUGGCAUGGCCUCUUUUUGGAGCACCUUCUGCUCUGAGGGUGGGGGACAGACUACCAUUUGAAGAAACAAAUGAACCAGAUGAAAUUUCAUUAAAAGCAGACACUGACGUUUUACAAAAUGCAUUAGCUGAAAAUGACACACCUUAUGAUGUAUCCAGAAAUGUCAGACAUGCUGAUGGAGUUUUCACCAGUGACUUUAGCAGACUCUUGGGUCAACUCUCUGCCAAAAAAUACCUUGAGUCCCUUAUGGGAAAACGAGUUAGCAAUGGCAUCUCAGAAGACCAGGGACCAGCCAAACGCCACUCGGAUGCAGUCUUCACUGACAACUACACCCGCCUUCGCAAACAAAUGGCCGUCAAGAAGUACUUGAACUCCAUUCUAAAUGGGAAGCGGAGCAUUGAAGGAGAAUCUCCUGACUUUCUUGAAGAGUUAGAAAAAUGAUGAAAAAGCUCCUUGGAGCAAAACUGCUGACAACUACCCAGUGAAUUCUUGAAGGAGAAGGAGAAGCGAAGUAAUUCUAUUUUGAGUUCUACAUACGUAAUUCAAGAAAACAACUUCAAUAUCAAAACCAAAUAAGUAUAUUGUGUUGUGAAUGUUGUGAUCUAUUUUAUUCUAACGUAAUAACGGUGAUGUUUACAUUGUAAAUAUUAUUUGAGAGUUCUGGAAUUUGUCUUUAAUUCAUGAACGUCCUAUAAUUUCAUAUGCUGUGUAUCCUUUCUAACAGAAAUGUAUUUAAUGAUGAGUAAGUUAAUUCCAGUUAUAUGAGGUUUUUAGGAAGAGCAUAAAAGAGUAAAAUUGAUGCAUUUAUUUAUAGGGCACACUUAACUAUUCAGGAGAGUGGAGCAGAUAAUCAGCUUGUCUAAAUUUGAAUGUUGAGCAGAUAGAAUUCUGUGUUAAAUGCCAGAGUGUCUAGAAUACCAAAAUAAAUAUAAAUAAAUAAAUAAACAAACAGUCUCCAAAAAAGAUUUUCAGAAAAUGUUGUGUGUUCUCGCAUGCUUAGGCAACAUUUAUGUUGAAUGAGAUUUUUUUAAAUUUCUCAAAUUUGUAUCUCUAAUCGCCAAAUCUCUCUUCUGAUCUAAUGUUAAAGAGAAUGACCCCUACUGACACCGGACUUUCCCUUUAUGCUUGUUGUAGGUAUGUGUAAAAUAUAAACUGAAUGGCACGCUUUUUUUUUCAAUGAUAAUAUUUUUUUUCCCAUGAUCUCUCAGAUCAUGCUUAGGUCAUACCAGCUACGUUUGUGAAAGUACAUUUGGAGAAACAACUAUUUUUCCAAAACGAUUGUAAGAAAUUAAAUAGAGAAAAUAAAGACCUUUGAUUAUCAUUGCA